CUCAACUACGUCUAACACCGCACCCAGCGCUUUCGACGCGUUCUGAAUGACUUCUGGACUUGCUCCUUCUGGUGCCACCAUGGCGUAGUGCCAGAUUAUCCAACAAUGUCCUCGCCGGCCCCUUUCCUCGCUUCCUCCCCCUUCUCGAUAACCUCCCCGCGCCGCAUCCCCAAAUCACGCUUCACAUACAAACAGCUCCACCAACUCAAAACCUUCAGCACGCAAACGCCGCUUCGCGUAAUCGCACACAUCGAUCUUGACGCCUUCUACGCGCAAUGCGAGACCGUCCGCCUCGGCAUCGACCCCUCCAAGCCUCUCGCAGUUCAACAAUGGCAAGGCCUCAUUGCGAUCAACUAUCCCGCGCGAGCAUACGGUCUCUCCCGCCACGUAACCUCCACUGAAGCGCUUAAGCUCUGCCCGGACCUAAUAUUACAACAUGUUGCGACGUGGAAAGAGGGCGAAGAGAAGUGGGCAUACCACGAGGAAGCGUACAAGCAUAUCGCGACGCAUAAGGUGAGCUUGGACCCGUAUCGCAUGGAGAGCCGCAGGAUCUUGAAGUGUAUAAAGGAGAGCUUGCCGGAGAAAGAGCAGCGCGUUGAGAAGGCUAGUAUCGAUGAGGUGUUUAUGGAUUUGAGCGCGCAGGUGCAUACGAGGUUGUCGGAGAGAUAUCCGGAGUUGAGCGGCCCGCCGCCAUACGAUGACCUGAGCGAGUAUCUGCCAAAGGUACCGACGACGGUGCUGGAUUGGAAGGCUGAUGCGUUGGUGGAGACGGGGGAGGAAGAUGGAGAGGUGGCGGAUCCGGAUUGGGAUGAUGUGUGUAUGGUCAUCGCAUCUGAGAUUGUGCGCGACGUUCGAGCGCACAUCAAGGAGCAGCUUGGAUAUACGUGCUCUGGCGGUGUCGCGCGGAAUAAGAUGCUGGCAAAGUUGGGCUCCGGGUACAAGAAACCGAACCAGCAGACUGUGAUACGGAAUCGGGCUGCCGAGUACUUCUUGUCGAAUAUGAAGUUCACCAAGAUACGGAUGCUGGGCGGGAAGCUCGGCGAUGAGGUCGUCUCCAUGUUUGGUACAGACAAAGUGAAGGAUCUGUUGGAGCAGCCAUUGGACCAGUUGAAGAAGCUGGGCGAUGACACGGGCUCCUGGUUAUACAACACGAUUCGCGGCGAGGACCACAGCGAGGUGAAUCCACGGACGCAGAUAAAGAGCAUGCUGUCGGCAAAGUCUUUCCGCCCAGCUAUUAAUUCAUUCGAGCAAGGCGUAAGAUGGCUGAGGAUCUUUGCCGCGGAUAUCUUCUCGCGGUGUGUCGAAGAGGGCGUCCUGGAGAACAAGCGGCGGCCAAAGACGAUCAACUUGCAUCAUCGGCAAGGUACGCAGACACGCAGUCGACAGAGUCCAAUACCGCAAGGAAAGCCGCUCUCUGAACAGAUGUUGUUCGAUCUCGCCAAGAAUCUGCUUGCACAGGUGGUUGUGGAUGGACGGGCAUGGCCUUGCGCUAAUCUGUCACUGAGUGUAGGCGGCUUUGAAGAUGGCGUAACGAAUAACAAGGGCAUUGGUGGCUUUCUCGUCCGGGGCGAUGAGGCAAAAGCAAUGCUUUCAACCGGGCGGUCAAGCGUGAGCGGAGGCGAGCCGCCAGCGAAGCGACGGAAACGCACGAAAGGGAAUAUCGCCAACUUCUUUGGUCCACCAAGCGAAAAGAAGCGUGAUUUCGAUGCCGCAAGAGCCGUAUUGAGGGCGCAUCAAGAAUCACCUGGGUCUAAUAUAGAGGAAGAGUUGGAUGAGAUUGAAGAAGAGCAAGAUGAUUCUUCCGGUGCGCUUCUAGACGAUGCUGAAAGUAGACCUUCCACGCCACCUAUAGAGCAUUAUGACGGCCUUUACAGAUCCGACACGCCCCCUUCCGCGCAGCCCCCAACACCGUUUGAUCCGCCCCCUUCACAUCAAGCCAGAAAUGACACACCCCAGCAUUCAAAGCCGCCAGCUUUACACCAAAAGACACUCGAUACUUUCUUCUGCGACCGUUGCAACGUCCAUCUCCCCAUCGCCGAGAAAGCUGAGCACGAUGAUUACCACUUUGCCCUAGACCUGUCAAAGGAGAUUCGGCAGGAAGAGCGGAGUGCACCUACAGAAAACACAAACCGGAAGACGCCGACAGCGCAGAAACCAACCAGAGGACGGGGAAGACCGCCCGGAAGUGGGAAAGGGGUCGAGAAGGGCCAGGCGAAAUUGGCUUUUGGAAGGCAGGCUUGAACUGGUUGUGUUAGCUUGGAUAAAUGAAUGAGCUUGAAGUUUGUAUACUUUCCUUUUUGCGUUGUCCAGGACAACGCGAACCAUCCAUGCCCACUCCCCCGAGAAGCACCUCAACGCCUGAAUUCCCCCAGUCC